UGCUGGCUCUCGACUUAUGUAGCUGAAGAGAAUAUUUGGAAUAUGGCGGGCGCGGCCAGCAUCGGGCUGGACCUGGGCGCAGGCAAGUGCUGUGUUGCCAGCGUGCGCGCUGGAGCGGUGACGGUGUUGCCAAGCGCUCACGGCGACAAGACCACUCCGAGUUUUGUUGCCUUCACCGACUCCCGCAGCCUCGUGGGCAGCGAUGCCAGAGACCAGGCGGCGCUCAACGCCACCAACACCGUCUAUGGCGUCAAGACCGUCAUAGGCAGGAGAUUUGACACGAAUCAGAAAAGAGAGCCGUUCUAUUCCAAUUACAUUGGCACAAAAUCCGAAACGCGAACAUAUUCAGAUGAAGAGGAGUUAAUAGUGCUGCCUUAUCUUCCCGAAUUUUCAUCAACCGUGGACGGUUCGCCUGUCUUUGAAGUGGAGUACAGGAAUGAAAAGGUAAGGCUACGCCCUGAGGAAAUAACAGCUUUGCUGAUCGCCAAGAUGAAGUCCGACGCAGAAGAUCACUUAGGCGGCCAAGUCACAAACGCAGUAAUUACCGUGCCCGUAAAUUUCGGCAACGCGCAGCGACAAGCCACUCUCGAUGCGGCCAGCAUCGCCGGCCUUGGAAACGUCAGGCUGAUCAACUCGACCACCGCCGCUGCCAUCGCUUAUUGGGACCACAAACCCAGCGAGAAAGAUUGCAUAGCUGUCGUUGAUUUCGGUGCAAAUUCUCUGAACCUAUCAAUUGUUUCAAUGGAUAAUGGGGCACUAGAAGUUCUUGAAGCUUUCGGUGGCUUAACGGUUGGUGGAAACUUCAUAGACAUGUGCAUGAUGCAAGCCGUCAUCAAAAAGUUUAAAGACCAACACCACCAAUCAUUUGAGGCGUCCCCGAAAGCACUCAUGAGAAUGAGGACAGCCACGGAGAAGAUGAAGCACAAUCUAACUCUCCUAACUUCUUCCGUGAUACAAGUAGACUCAAUAUAUAACGACAUUGAUUUCACCAGCACAUUUACCAGGAGAGAAAUGGAGGUUGCAUGCCAGAACCAGUUAUCAAGUCUCAAGAAUACGUUGCAUCAAUUGACCCAGUCAAAAAGUUGGACUAAAGUUCAAACAGUUGUGCUUGUGGGAGGCUCAACGCGUAUUCCUGCCGUAGAAAAACUGAUUACCAAAACACUAGGAAAACCACUGGAUAAUUCGCUCAAUAAAGACGAAGCGCUUGCCUGUGGCGCUGCCCUCCGAGCUGCCGAGUUCUCCAGUUCAACAACUCGAAAGGUGAAGGAGAUUUUGACGCAGGUGUAUCUGGUGCGAGGCAGGUUUGAAAUCGGGCAGAAUUUUUGAUUCGGGAGAAUGCAUUCCCGCCGAUUUCUGUUUACGAAUGUCAAAUGAUAUCUGGGAUCACCCAAAUGGGUUAAGACUGUAUGAGAACAUACCUACGCUGGUAGGGAAAAAGUUACGCCUCUUCGAACUGACAACACAACGAUUAAGACAGCUCGGCCUUUCGACGACAUCGGGUUUUCUCUUGUUUUCGAUUGAUGAAAGCGGAGUUCUUCGCAUAGAACACAUUAUUAACGGCCACACAGUAGACAUACCAAUCCGAAAGCUUUCAUCCGACGCGAAUGGUAUGCAAGCAUCUUUGGAUCGCCAUAGAGUAUUCUUGGACGACGUAAGUAGAUUAAAAGACGAUGAAGAUGCAAUGAACGAUCUUGAAACUUUCUGCAUCGACCAACAGGAAAAGCUCAGAGAGAAGUUCGGAAAUGAUUCUGCUGCUUUCAAGUUGUGUGAAGAAAUUUUGACCUGGCUUGAAGAUACACCACAAGCAACGAAGCAACAAUGCAGUGAGAAGAAAAAAGAUUUGGAGCACAAAAUUGAUAUUGAUAUUGACGACAAGAAGCUGAAACAUCAACCCAAAUAUUGCAAAUCAAAUCACCUUGAUGAUGAUGCUCAUCGUCUAAGUGAUAAUGUGAAUCACUUUGUUGACGCUGCACAUAGCUGUAGUGAUGCUGUAAACUAUCAAGUUCAUGUUUCACAUAACACUGUUGAUUCACCACAUCGUCUUGAUCACGCUGCAAAUCCCCCUAGCAACGCUGCAAAUUGCCCCGUUCAGGCUGCACAUCUCUCAGAUCAUUUUGUAUCUGAAACUAGUAAUGUUACACAUUACCCAAGUAAUGUUGAACAUCAGCCAGGUAGUUCAAUACAUCGCCCUGGUCGUGCAGUUGCUUCCACCACCGGUGAGACAAUUACACAAACAUCCAAGCGUGCGGCAUUCACCAGGAGUGGAUAUAUGGAACAUUAUGCCUCAUCCGAGCAAUGGACGAGUCCGCAGGUUUCAAAUGAGAUGUUUGCGAGCCAAACCUAUUUGACUGCACAAACUCCGGAACCUGUAUCAGGACACGGGGGUUCCAAUGCCAAUUCGUGGUCUCGACCUUUGAAGGGAACCACAUCAGUCGAUUAUGAGGUCGGUACAUCAAACAAGAAUAGUUUGAUGCAGGCUAAGCAUGCGUACAAUGGAACCUCGAGGAAAGAAGUUUAUGGGCGAAAGCGCUCAGAGAAAAUCACGCAACCUUACCAUAACGAUCUUUAUUCUCAGGACAUUCCUUCUGAUUUGCAACAUCCUAGUCAUUCGGGCGAUAACAGUUGAACAUCCGACUCACAGAAAUCAAAGGGAUGGUUCAAAAAAUUCUGCUUGACGUGUGCGAGAGCUAGAUUCUUUAUUUGUAAACUGAAAAAAGCUGACCCGCGGCAAGAGAAGAGUCAAAUGUCCAAUCUGUGGGGACGUAAAUCAGAGUUCAUGACAAGAAAUGGACAUAUUUUCCUAAUACUAGGAAUUUAAGAUUAUUGAUUUAGCUCAGAGAGCACUGGAUCUGAACAAUUGUUGGUCGAGAUAAACAGCUCCCUGUGUCAGUGUUAUACGCCCAUGAGUAUCCUCCACCUCAGUUGCGCUACACUUCUCUGUAUUAAUUGGGACAUUAGUGUUGCCAUAUUGAAAACCUAAACUAUUUAAUUUCUAAUUGCUCCAGUCAAUUGCAUGUAUUUGGAAUCAUAGCAAAUGCUGUAAAUAAUUAUUGAUUGUUCUUGAAGGGUUUUUGCUGUGUUUUGAUAAUUUAAUAUUAGGUUAUUUUGUGAGAUUUCUUGAUUAAAGUUUCAAAUGUGAAGGGUUGCUGUUAUUUGAUGCCCUGCCAUCCAGAUCGACAAGACUACUUACCAUCUAUAGUAAAAUAUGUCUAUCCAUAACUAGUAAAAUUUGCGUGCUGGCUGCUGCUGGGACUUGGAAGCUGAAGGCGUGUGCCUCUGUAGCGUAGUGGUUAGAGCGCCCCUGUAGCGUAGUGUUAGCGGCGCCGAGAUGUGAUGAGCUAGUCGUGGGUUCAAACCUCGGGAAGCACAGUUAAUUUCCAGAUGUCACUUGUGGACGGCGCGAUGUCCCUUAACGAUUUGUGAGUAUGGAUUACCUAGGGUGAUCUUAAGACUUGAAGUGUGAUCCUUAAGUAAAAUAUCGUCCUUAAAUAAACGUCCCUGCACGCAAAAAUAUCGUGUAUCUUAAUUAGUCCUAUAGUUCGAUUUCGCACUUAGUAUAUCUCUGUCUUGCUGAAUCUAACCCAAAGCUUCAACCAAAUUUAUGACAAUCAUCGAUAUUUGUUUAUUUUAAUAUGUUGUUGUGCUUGCGUAGGAUUGCGUGAAGUAACGACAUUCUUUGGUGGCCAAGGAAUCAAACCUGCUGCUGAUCCAAUUUAACCUCAAUACAGCGUAUAUACUCGCAUAUCCCAUCCCAUAGGACUGUUUGUAUUACCAGAGCCGUUAAUAUUAUUUCCGGGCCAAUUCAUUGGUUAUACCGAAGCAUACAGAGAACAAUAAUUAGUGUAUAAAGCUGUUCACUUGGUUGAAGGCGGAUAAUUUUCACGAAAAUUGGUAAAUGUAUAGCCGUCUACAAUUCAGCUAAGUUGCCCCUCAACCCAAGUUUAUUUUCUUACUUUCUGUUUUAGUAACACGGACCUAGUUUGACAUUUAUUAGAAUAAUUCUAAUUGUCAAACUUAUUCAAUGGAUUGUCGCUUAUUGUUCAGCCUGUUUCCCACUAAUUGAUUCAGUAAAUAGUGAGAGAAAUC